AUGAGAUCAAAUCCAAACAGGCGAAAUCCUGAUUAUUGGUGCGAGUUUCACCAUGAUCACGGUCACAAAACGGCGGAUUGUAGAUUGCUGCAGGGUGAAGUUGAACAUUUAUUGAAGCAAGGGUAUCUAACUGAAUUAUUUAGUGAAAAAGGAAAGCAGGCAUAUAUGAAAAAUAGACAGGAGACGCCAAAACCCCCUUCACCAAAAAGGAUUGUUAAUGUCAUAAGUGGGGGAGAAGAAAUCAAUGGAGUAACAACAGCCAAGAAAGUUUCAAAAAUUACAAUCGCAUAUGGGAAGCGAGUUCGACGUGUUUUGGAAGAAGAAAGUAUUACAUUUGAUGAUGCAGAUGCAGAUGGCGUACUAACCCCACACAAUGACGCACUGAAUUCAGUUGAGGAUGAUGCAACACAAAUCUUAACCGAACACGGGAAAACAGAUGUAGACUCAAGGCCCGAUACCAUCCAAGAGCCAGAGGAAAACGAAAACAUCAAAACAACGAUUGAAGAUUGGAAGCCGUAG